CGUUGUUUUCCCACCGUUAACCCUUUCACCGACUCCGGGACGAAAAGCAAUCGGGAAUGGCUCGGAUAUAUGGGACGUCAGUCAGCUUUGAAAUUACAGAGCAGGCUUGCCAGGCAGGAUGGGGACUUGGCUGAUCCUGGAUGUAUAAAACACAGACAGAGAAGCCGCUCUCCUUGUAUUCAAUCAACAAACAACCCUAAAAAUAUCAACUGGCCGGCUGUCUGCUGUCCUGGAGCCUUGAAUCAUCUAUAAAUCAGGGCUUUCUGAACUGGGUUAGGGUGGCUCUGAUCUGUUUAGCGUAUAGCGAGACGUUUUUAACACGCGCCCACCCCCCCCAGUGUGCGCUUUCAACACAAAGACUUUUCUACUGCUUCUGGAAAGUUUUGAAGUUCUAAAAGCACCCCCACGCAACCCAAGACUGUUUUCAGGAACUGUCUUGCCCACGUUAAUAUGCAAACCCCAUCUGUUAGUAAUUACAUAAUUACACCCUCUCUCUGUGGGACAGCCAGCCUUUACGACAGCCCUUAUUACUGGCAUGCCUGUGUCUCCCUUCCUCCCUUCUCCCUCCUCCACCUCCCUUUCUCUCUCACUUCUCCUCAGAUGCUCUGCUUGGCAACAUGAAAUCCUCCCAUGUCCUCCUGUGUUCCUGUGUCCUUAUAAUGUUAGCUAGCCUGACUGGGGUUUCAGGGCAGGGUGAAACUACACCAGGGAGAACCAACUAUACCAGGCCGGUUUUCCUGUGUGGAGGGGAGCACGUGGCAGAGUCUGGCUUCAUCGCCAGUGAAGGAUUCCCCAGCCACUACAAACCCAACAGCAAGUGUACCUGGUACAUAACGGUCCCAGAGGGUAACGUGGUGAUGCUGUCCUUCCGUAUCUUUGAUCUGGAGGCAGACCCACAGUGCCGCUACGAUUUCCUGGAGGUGUACAACGGCCACGCCCGCACCUCCCAGCGCCUCGGCCGCUUCUGCGGCACCUUCCGCCCCGGCUCCAUCAUCUCCACCGGCAACAAGAUGAUGGUGGAGAUGGUGUCGGACUCGGGGACCACGGGCCGCGGCUUCAUCGUGGCGUUCAGCGCGGGCAAACCGCACGUUGACGAGCACCACUUCUGUGGAGGGAAGCUCACGAAACCACAAGGAUCUCUACAGACGCCAAACUGGCCCGAGAGCAACUACCCAGCAGGCAUCAGCUGCUCCUGGCACAUCGUCGUCCCUAACAACCAGGUGAUCGAGGUCUCCUUUGACAAGUUUGACGUGGAGCCCGACAGCUACUGUCGCUAUGACUACGUGGCUUUCUUCAGCGGGGGGGAAUUGGACAACUCCAAACUCAUCGGAAAAUACUGCGGAGACGAGGCACCAGAAACCUUCAUCUCGAACAGCAGUGAGUUGCUGGUCCAGUUUGUGUCUGACCUCAGUGUGACCAGCGAUGGCUUCAUGCUUACCUACAGCGCACACCCCAGGGGGUCCAAACCCACCACACCAGAGAGGGGGGUCCGACCGGCAGCCAAGCCCGCCCCCUGGCCCAAACCCACCAAGCCUGCGAAACCAGUCAAACCAACAAAACCAGUCAAGCCCGCCCCCGUGCCCAAACCCACCAAGCCUGCGAAACCAGUCAAACCAACAAAACCAGUCAAGCCCGCCCCCGGGCCCAAACCCACCAAGCCUGCGAAACCAGUCAAACCAACAAAACCAGUCAAGCCCUCCCCCGGGCCCAAACCCACUAAGCCUGCGAAACCAGUCAAACCAUCAAAACCACUCAAGCCCGCCCCCGGGCCCAAAUCCACCAAGCCUGCGAAACCAGUUAAACCAACAAAACCAAUCAAGCCUGCCCUCGGGCCCAAACCCACCAAGCCUGCGAAACCAGUCAAACCAACAAAACCAGUCAAGCCCAUUCCCAGACCGGGGGCCAGACCCACCCCCAAGCCAGGCAGCAGAGCCGGGACGAAGCCAGCAGUGAGACCCGGAGGCAGGAACAGCACCAGAACCAUCCCAGAGAGCGGGGAGCCCCUGUGUGAGCAGCGCUGUCGGAGGGGCGGGACCCUGCAGAGUCACUUCUGCAGCAGCGAGUUUGUGAUCACGGGUAAGGUAACGACGGCUGUGUCGGGCCCCGGGGACACGAUGUUCGCCACAGUCUCUCUCAUCAAGGCCUACAAGGCGGGCAGCCUGCGGCUCCAGCAAGCGGGCGAGACCACGAGCGUGAAGCUGGUCUCGAGCUGCAAGCUCUGCCCCCUCAUCCGCCGAGGCUCUAACUACAUCCUGAUGGGGCAGGUGGAUGCGGAGGGGCGUGGCACUCUCUCUCCCAGCAGCUUCACUCUGCUCUACAAGACCCCCCACCAGAAGAUCCUGACCAAUCUCACAGCACGGCCCUGCUGACCUCACUCGGACCCGACCAAUCAGAGCCACGCCCCGCCCACAGCGUUGGAAGGCUGAGAGGAGGACCAGCCGGGGACAGUCGGUUCUGACUCCUCCCAUUUUCCUUUUAGUCAUUUUUUUUUUUUUUUUUUAAUCAAAUAUUACAAAUAUUAAUGAAUUAAAAUGCAGUAAUACAUUAGUAAAGGCUACUAUAAGCGAUGGCCAAAAAUGAAAUAUUUCCGCUGGAAGUUGUUUCACCUUUAAUGGAACUACCUGAGCAGGUACCUCUGCAGGGCUCGGCUUAUUGUUUUCGGGGUGCUGAAUUCCAGACGGACCCGCGUGUGCGAUUCGGAUCACUGUUACGGUUUACUACUUUGCAUCGAUUUUUUUAACACGAGUGCCUUCUUAAAGCAAUCCCCUCUUUGCAUAUCAAUACCGUCUCGACCGUGAACGACAGACCCGGGCUGCUGAUUGACGCCACUCACACCGGAGACGUCGGGACAGAGGGAAGGAGACACCUCUUCACACAGAGAGCGGUGAGGGGGUGGGACAUGCUACCCAGGGUCACCUAGUCCCGCUAUCCAGACAGAAGCACUCGGAUCCUCCAAGACACGACUUGACCGCCUCCUCUGGAUCGUAAACUAUCUUUCAGCAGCAAGUGGCCAGCGUGCAGAUAUAGCUUGUGAUAGUUCCAUUAAAGUAGUUAUUUGAACAGAUGGAUAUUAUAUUUGAUACUCAUUCCAGACUGGGGGCGGCGUUUCUUUUCAUUAAAAAGGACAGCGAUGUGAGGGGGGGGGGGGGGACCAAACUGUAGCACAGUUUACAAAUCAUUUGUUUUAAUUUUUUACCAAAAGCGUCGGUGUAUUUUCUCCGACCCGACUUUGUGUGUUUCAAAUCAUCGAUUCAAAGAGGAACGUUGCUUUGUUAUUAUUCGUAUUAAUUUGUUGAUUAAGCAUAUCACAUUUAAACUUUCCGUUUCUGAUCUGUAGCCCCGCGUGUCAGUUGCCAGACGCUUUGUUCGUUAUAAAUCACAAGCGUAUUUCUGAGGAGCGGGGUAACUUUUCAGGGAUGUCUAUUGAGCAAAGGGUCUGAGUUGUGGGGUAUUUGGGCAACUAAUACCCCACCCGACACAAAACAGCAGGGUUUGAUCAUUUUAUAUGGAUACUAAUAUUAAUGAUUUUUUAUGAUCCUGUAUAAAAAUUGGUCUGUUAUAAAUUA